AUACCCAUGUGAGGCACCAAUAACACAGGGGGGGAUAUUCUGUCUGUUCCCCCUUCUCCAUACCCAGCCCUUUGCUUAGCUGGACUCUUUCCUUCCCCCUGCGUAGCUCUCCUUCGCCCCACCGCCCCAGACCCCCCUCUGCAAUGCUGCCACACCGGCAGCUCCAACAUCGCAACACCUGUAAAUCUUAAAUUCAGGCUUGAUUUUCCUUUUAUCAAUCCUCGAGAAGUUUAACCAUUGGAUUACACCGGCCAGGAAACAAGACAGAGAUCACCAAGUGGAAAUGGAAUAAUUGAAUAACUUGGACACUUUUUACACAUAAGCGGAUUGGAUUGUAUACUGAAGCUGUGAUUUUCCAUUCACUUCUGCAUGAGGAGGCGUUGCCCUCAAUUUAAAGGAUUAUAGCUGAAAUUGUCUGCAUAUCAUCAUGGCUCAAGGCGCCUCGAAUGGAGUCGCUGCAGCUCAGAGGCCCAGAGGGCUCGGGAUCCUCGGGAAGCUCAAAAUGUCGGCGGAGCUGCUCAUCGCCCUGGCGGCCCUCCUGUCCUGGGGGGUGGUGGGAGUGGUGAUGUUUGACUUCGUGGAGUACAAGGCAGUCCCUGACAUUCAACAAAUCGUGUCGGACCCUGUGCAAGCUGUAAACGACGCUGUUGACGAAGUAACCAGUCUGUUCAAUAAGUUUCAAGAAUGUGCACCUGAUUUCAGUGACCCCACUUCCGCUGCCACCUACGCAGCUGAGGAGAUAUCGGAAGGAAAAGAUGGAUUUGUUCGCUAUUUUUCAGAUGAAGAAGGGAACUUCUACCUCAGCUAUGUGGACCCGGUGGUCUUCGGCAGACAAGCUUUCCAUUCGACUAAUGAUUUCAUGUGUGGAGUUGCGGGCACCUUCAGAGACACACUGUGUGCGAUAGUGGACACCAUAUUGGAUACUAUAUUGGGUAUAAAUAAAGGAGAAGUUGACAUUAGCUACAUCGACCCGGUGGUCACAGGCCGAGGAUUCUUCAGUGUUACUAAUGACUUUAUAUGUGGAGUGGGGGGCUACAUCCAGGGUGUGUUCUGUGCCAUUUUGGACACAAUUUUGGAUGUAGUGAAAGGAACUGUAGAUCUUAGCUUCAUGGACCCUGUGUUGGUGGGCAGAAAUAUCUUCAGUGCUACAAAUGAAAGCGUUAAUGGUGUAGUGGGCUACAUCCAGGAGAUGCUUUGCACCAUCGUAGACAGUGUACUGGAUGUAACAAAAGGAACCACUGACAUUAGCUACAUUGACCCUGUGGUUAUUGGUAGAAAUGCCUUCGGUGUUGCUAACGACAUUCUGAGUAAAAUAUCAGGAUACAUCCAGGAUGUGCUCGGUGCCAUCUUGGAUGUGAUACUGGACACAACACAAGGCUUCCAGGAUGCUAUGGGAUUCAGCCCCAUGUCAGCUGUGAAGAGAACAGCAGAAAUCACCAAAGAGCAGAUAGACAUGCUCGUGAACUACGUUUCCACAAUGAUGUUUGGUGAUCAAGGGAUCCUUCCAGAAGUGUCCGUUGAUCCCAUGAAAGUCAUAGAAGAUGCUUUGUUGGAGUUCUCAGACAAGAAAGAAGUGUUUGUGGCUUACAUGUCGAGCAUGCUUGUUAGGGAUCAAGAUGAAACUGUGUCUCCCCUCUCUGAUAUAACUCUGGUAUAUAGGAAAGGAGAAUUUCUGCCACCUAUUGAGAAAGUUGCAGAGAUCAUGAAAGCUGCCAAAGAUGAAGCUGCUGCUGCUGCUGAGCUAGCUGAAGCCCAGGACUCACAGAUUGAAGAGGCUGAAGUUCCCACUGAAUCUGCCAGGGCAGCAGACGGGGAAGAGGCAGAGGAAGAUGAUGUGAAACACGUCCACCUUGAAGAGACUGAACAUGAACCUUCUCCAGAAGAUGAGGCAGAAGAGGCUGAUGCUGAGGAAGAGGAGAUUAAAGCAGAGGAGGUUGUAGCACAUGAGGAGGAGGAGGAGGAGGAGGUAAAAGAUGAUGAAGGUGUUGCUACAGAAGGGGAAAAGGAAUUAAAAACAGAGAUAGAAGAAGAAGAAGAAGAAGAAGAGGUGGAAGAAUUGAAGCCAGAGGAAGAGGAGACUGAAGCUGAAGAAGAAUCAGUCAAAGAAGUGGAGACCAAAACUGAAGAUUUGAUAGAGGAGGAGGAGGAGGAGGAGGAGGAGGAGGAUGAGGAAGAGGAGGAUGAGGAAGAGGAGGAAACUCGAACAGAGGAAGAGGCAGUAAAAGAAGAGGAAGAUACCAAAUCGGCAGAUCUUGAGGAAGAAAAGAAGGAAGAGGAGGAGACAAAAUCUGAAGAAGAUGCUGUAGAAGAGGAGGAGGAGGAGGAAGAGGAGGAGGAGACAAAAUCUGAAGAAGAUGCUGUAGAAGAGGAGGAAGAGGAGGAAGAGGAGGAGGAGACAAAAUCUGAAGAAGAUGCUGUAGAAGAGGAGGAAGAGGAGGAGGAGGAGACUAAAUCUGAAGAAGUUGCUGUAGAAGAGGAGGAAGAGGAGGAGACAAAAUCUGAAGAAGAUGCCGUAGAAGAGAAAGAGGAGACAGAGGAAACCAAAACUGAAGAAGAUACACUAAAAGUUGAGGAGGAGGAAGAGGAGGAAGAGGUGGAAAAAACUGUAGAAAUUCUGGUAGAAGAUGAGGAGGAUGAGACCAAAACUGAAGACAAAGCUGAAGAAGAUACAGUAAAAGUUGAGGAGGAGGAAGAUGAGGAAGAGGAGGAGGAGGAGGAAGAGGAGGAGGAGGAGGAAGAGGAGGAGGAAGAGGAAGAUGAGGAGGAAGAUGAGACCAAAACUGAAGACAGAGCUGAAGAGGAGAAGAUGGAAGAUGAAGAUCUCCUUGUUGACGAAGAAUCAGAUGAAGAAAAAACUGAAACGACUGAAACUCACGUCCAAUAUGAGUUUGUAAAAACUGACCAGGACGAUCAAGCUCUAGAUGAUGAUGAGGAUUUAGAAGAGGAGGAAGAAGGUCGACUGGACCAAGUGGAGAAGAUGGAGGAGGAAGAAGAUCGACUGGAUCAAGUGGAGAAGAUGGAGGAGGAAGAAGAAGAAGAAGAAGAAGAGACACCUCUCCAACAACUUGAUCUUGAAAUUCUAGCAACUGAACAAGUUGCUAAUACCAGUGUAGUGCCUGAAUCUGAUGAUGAGGAAGAAGAAGACAUUAUCGAUGAAGACCAAGACGAAUACUCCGACAUCAUUGACGAUCAGGAUGAAAACAACAACAACAGUGAGAGUGGGAAAACUGAACUCAAACGUAGGAGGAAGGUUCAUAUUCCCUUUGAGAGGCUGAGAAGAUCCAAAGCUGCUCACAAAGAAGAACGCCUUGAGGAUGAGAAAGGUACAACACUCUCACCAUUAUCCUCACAUGUAUCUCACCAGUCCAUUUUCAUUAUGAGCUCAUGA